AAUCAGACGUGCCUUCUUAUUAACAGUAAUGUGUUGUUGGCAGUUGCUAGGCUCCGUGGAUAACGGAAAACGAUCCGUUUGUCUUUGCGACAGCUGCGCCAACAUGAAAUACCUUUUGGAAAGGGGUCAAAGUUGGAAAGCUGUCUGUUUCCACUUUCAUAUACAAUUUACAAAGCAGAGCUAGCUAGCUGUAACUGUCGCCGAGGCUGCUGUAUCUCUGUACAGUAUUUUGACACUUGAGUACUACGCUUCCCAGAAUGCAAACGUCUUUACAGUUUACGCCCAGCGGUCACGUUCACCAAUAGCUUGAGCGGUCACUGUACCAAACUCAGAAAUGGUGUCAGUCGUUCACCUAUAAUUCCCUUAUUUCUUUUACUCUGUGGUUACUUUUCAUUUCUGUAACGAUGCCGGGGAUGUGCUCAGUGCCGGGCUGUAAGGGCUACAAGAAGGCCAGGUCCCGGGGAGUCGUCUUCCACUCUCUGCCCACCAGAGACCCGGAGCGAUGCAGAAAGUGGUUAAAGGCCAUACAGAGCCCCAAAUUUGACGAAAACACACCAGUGAGUAAAUACGGCAAUAUACGAGUCUGCAGCCAACAUUUUAAACCGGAAGACUACGAGCCGGACAUACAGGCAGAACUCAUGAAAACAACGCCCCGAAAAAUCCUCAAGUCCAACGUCAUUCCGACUGUAUUCUCUGGAAGACAGCAAGAGGACCUCUGCACAUACCUGCCAGCUGAUGACAGGAGCCCAGCACAGGUUGAGGUUCCCAGUACAGCUGCUCAAGACUCUACAUCAGUGGUUUCAGGUUGCAGUGUGAACAGUAUGUUGCGAUGGGCCUCUGUGUCAGCUUCAGGUCCAAUAACAUCUUCACAAACUUCUUCCUUGGGUGUCCAAAGUACUGUUGUGGAUACUGCAUCACCUUCUCCCUCCCUGCCAAUUCUUAUUGCCUCAGGAGCACCAAGCACCUCAUCCCAGCCCCCUUCCCCAGCUGAACUCAGUGAAAGCUCGUGCAGUGUGGCAUCUGCAGGUCGUCUGAAUGAGAGCUUCCACAAAGAGGCCGAGUUAAGCUCGACAGCGCCAUCACAAUCAGGCAGAAGCACAGAAAAAGACUUGAGUCAAUCAAAGACUAUUGUAAACGACAGCUGUUUGAUGGAGCUGUUUAAGAAGUGUCAGACGUGUGGACAGCCCAUAACCAAAAAGAAGGUGUCUCACUGCGGGGCACAGAAGAAGGUGAGGUGGAGCUGCCUCGGCGGACACAGGGGCAUAUGGAUGUCAUCACCUCACCUUAGGGAGGCGUUUCCCGAAAUCCAUCUCCUAACAACUCUUUCUGUUCUUUUUUCUGGAGCCACUUUUACACACUUUAAAAAAUGGGCCAAACACCUACACCUGAAUUUUAUGGGACAUAAAACCUUUUUUGAAAUCCAAAAGGCAUACCUCAACCCAGAAAUGAAGGAGAUGAACAGGACUGAGCAGGAAGGGAUCUUUGUGAAGGACAUACACCAACAGCCUGAAGGCACUCUUCCUCACAUCUCAGAUCCUCUGAAGAAAAUAAAGGCCAAGUCGAAGAGAAGAGAGAAGGGAGCUCUGUCAUCAAGGUCAAGUUAUGAGAUGAGAUCAUCGACACUGAUGAAUUCUACCGGAACAUCAACGCAAGUGCCAACUGCACUGUCAAGACUUGUACAUCUAUCGGCCUCUGAAAGAGGUAAACGGCACCAGCAAGAGGAUGUUGAACAUCAGAGUGAAACCAGACAUUUGGCGUCAGAGGUGGACGGGCUCCAGGACAGUUUUGAGGAGAUGGAGGUCACCAUUGACGACGAUGAAUGCAACAGUGUGAAGAACAGACUAUCUGACUUGGAUAGUGAUACGGAAACCGCAUCAGAAACAACUGAACUGAGUGCUUCAGGAGCUGAUAACAGCUGUGAUGGAGAUGUCUACGUACCAGUAAUGCCUCAGAGAACUGACUUGGAGAGUGAUAUGGAAAACGCCACAGAAACAACUGAGCUGAGUGCUCCAGGAGCUGCUAACAGCUGUGAUGGAGACGUUUACGUACCAGUAAUGUGUCAGAGUCACAAAACAUCUGAACUUAAACUGGAGUGUGAAGAAGAGGAGCUGGAGCCAUGGCAGAAACACACUUUAAAUGUUCGCUUGAAAGAAGAGCAUGAUGUUGGAGAGUUGAGUGAUGACCAAACAGAUUGUAAACCAGAUCCUUCGUCUCUUCAGAGCUGGGCAGCUGGUCAGCACACUGUGACACCUGAAGCCUGUGGCGCUGUCCACACUUCUGAGGGACAUCAAAUCAGCAGCAACCCUGUGUCCUUAUCCAGUGUCCAGAGUCCUGAAGUAUAUGCAACAUCAUCUGACAAACUGCAGUCAGACCAGUCCAACUCACAGACCCUCUCUGUACCUUUUCCUCCACCGUGCCUUACUGCGAUUAAACUUGAACCAACUGAAACAUGAAACAAUAAAUAAUAACCUGAAACAUAAGGGGAAGUUCACAAGUUACAAUUACACACAAUUUGUUGUCGAACAUAAAUGUGUCAUAUCUGAUGUACAAAUUGAUAAAUUGCAGAUUAUUUGCACAUCUAAGUGUUGUCUCCUCCGACAUGACAACAGUCUGGGGAACCCUGUUCAAAACACCCAUUACCUAAUUUUUAAGUUCACAUAAAACAAAUCAGUUUUGUAAAACUUUGGUACCAGCCUUUUGGUUAUAUGCUACCUCAUAUGUACAGGUUUGUAAUAUAGUGUAUAGUGAAAUAAAUUCUUGAA